AUGCCAGAAGAAGUCGUAGAAGUCGCUGCCCUCGGAGCUCCAAGCAUCCCUGACGAUUCCUCUUUUGGAGACAAGAAUCUGCUGCUCUCGGAGUCCUAUGCUUCGGCGUCGCCGUUGAUAUUGGAACCCUCCUUCCGUGGCGGAUUCUUCCUCCUCCCCGUCGAUCCCAACCAGCGAAGGCGGAUUCUUCUCUCCUCAUCUGCCGGCCGGUGGAGUUUGAGAGGCAGAGAGAUGGGAACAGAGAGAUAUAGAUGUGGGGAGAAAUUUUUUUAG